AGAGACGCCAUUUUUGUUGGAUAGACGCACAGACGGUAUCAACGACGAUAAUAUUAUGUGGGAUAAUACGCUAUGUUCCUGCGACCACCCUCCUGAUCCUGAUGUCUGAUUGACGUAUUUCAUAUUUGUUUAUAGUAUGCUGUUAUAAAUUAUUGAUGUUGAAGUUAAUUUGAAGUUAAUACAGAAACAACAAAAUGUUUUAUGCACACUUUGUGUUGAGUAAAAAAGGGCCAUUGGCCCGUAUAUGGCUGGCAGCCCAUUGGGACAAAAAACUGACAAAAGCUCAUGUGUUUGAAACUAAUAUAGACAGCAGUGUUGAAGCCAUCAUGCAGCCAAAGGUGAAAUUAGCCUUGAGAACAUCUGGACAUUUAUUGCUUGGUGUUGUGAGAAUUUAUUCUCGGAAGGCAAAAUACUUGUUAGCGGACUGUAAUGAAGCUUUUGUGAAGAUUAAAAUGGCGUUUCGGCCAGGAGUCGUGGACCUUCCAGAAGAAAACAGAGAAGCAGCAAUUACAGCCAUCACCCUACAAGAAAAUUUCCAUGACUUCGACACAACACUAGCAGAUUUGAAUGAUUUAGACGUUCAAGCCCAAUUCUCUGUAAACCAGAGUCGACCAGAAGAAAUCACUAUGAGAGAGGAUCUUGCCAACAUAACAUUUGUAGGAGAUGAUGGUUUCGGUGUUAUGGAAGGUUUUGGUGGGGAAAUGGAUGAGGAUGAGAUUUGUUUGAUAAUUUUUGGAAGCAAAGGCUGUGAUAACUGUGACUUGACAUGGGAUGAAUUAUUUGACAUAGAUUUUUUCUUAACAAAAGUGCCAAAACAAACUCAUAAACAGCCUUCUAAAUGUGUUUCAACAACUCAUUCCACUUCAUUUAGUCAAGACUCAACAUGUACCUGUGAUAUUAUCUCUAGUCCUAGUAAAAAUAAGUGCUCUUGCUCAUUGGAUUACCUCAACAAGAAAAAACAUAUGGAAAGUACUACCUUAGUUCCUAAACCCAGAAUAGUGAAACUGGAUUCUGGCAUUGGUAUGGAUAGCGAUCCAGGCCACAGUGAUUUCUCCGAUGGUGAGUCGGAUUAUGACGUCGACUGUGCCUGUGAAAGUGAAUCCAAUGUGGAAAAUUCGCCAGGCUUGUCCAAGUCUUCACAGUCUCAACACAAACGUCUCAGGAUAUCAACCUCUUCACAGGGUGACGUAGAUGUAGGUGGAUUUGAUGAACGAGAAAUCCUUCGAGAUGCCACUAAUUUGGAAGACUCCCUAUACAAACAACCAGACAUCUCCAAUCACCAACCAAUGGAAGAAAAAGAAAAAACUUUGAAUGAAAAUGCAACAGAGAAACCCAUUAACAUGGAUGUGGACCUUGAAGCCCCUGUGACAGACGAUGGUUUUGGAGGUGCUGUAGAUGGAGGAUUCAUGGAUGCAGAUGAUGAUGAUGAUGACGAUAAUGAUGAUGGUGGUUUUGGAGGAGGUGUUGAUCAGGAAUUCUUUGGAGAUGACUUCAUGAACUCUGGAGGGCUAUUUGAGGAUGCACCUAUGGCAGAUGUUACUAUGCCAGCACCAGUAGAAGUGGAGGGUCCUGUUCCAGAGAAAGCACCAGAACCAGUGGGAUCAGAAAGUAUACAGCCUGAAGCAGAACCAGUCCCACCACAGCAAACCACAGUGGUAGCUACAGAACAAACUACCCUCAUCAAUAAUGAGGAAGAAGCCUUUGCCCUGCCACCUCUUGAUGCCACCAUUGUGCAAGGUGUUUCUGAAAAGAAGGGAAAGAGAAAGAGAAAACUCAUUGUUGAUGAACAGAAGGGCAUUCCUAGUGAAACAAUGAAGCUGCAAUUAUCUGACACUUCUGAUGUGAUAUCAACGCUUGAUUUAGCCCCUCCAACCAAAAAACUAAUGCAUUGGAAAGAGACUGGUGGAGUGGAAAAAUUGUUUUCUCUUCCUGGUCGCACUAUUUCUUCCAGAGCUGCUUCCAAGCUUUUCGGAAGGAAUUUGAUCACAAGACAAGUGAAGGAAGAAGAGUAUGAAGAUGAAGAAAAAAUUGUUCUUGAAUCUCCAGAAAUUGUAAGAGAAGAGGACAAAACAGUUCACAAUAAAACAAAACCACGAGUGGAGGACAUUAGUACUAUUAUGGAAGAGCCCUCUAUACUUGAAGCUUCAAAUGUUUCUGCAAGGUCUCGUCGCAGUGAAAAACCAAGAACACCAGCUCCUAUUCCCGUACCUGAGCCUGAGAAAUCAACAGUUGAGGAGCCAGCCAAUACCACAGAUAUUUUCUCCAACACAUUUACUGAGGCUGUAGUGGAUAUGCCUGCUGACCCUCUGGCCCUGAAUGCACAGCUGGAUCCCUAUGACCAGGACCCUCCAUCUAUAGCUCCAUUUUCUGUCCCUCCUCCCUCAGUGCCACCUCCUUCGGUAGGACCUCCACCAUCAGAACCUCCUCCAGUGGCUCCAACUUUCAGCAUAGAGGGUGAUUUGGAAACUGAGGCCAUGCCAGAAAAUGAAGAACAAGAAGAGUUAAGAUGGACAAAGAGAACACAAAAAAUGCAACACUCUCUUGAUAUUGGUUUUCGUUAUAAAAACCCUCUUGGAUUCAAAGAGAUGUCAAGGAAUCUCAAUCGUAAGCAAGCUGCAGCGCGUUUCUAUACUCUUCUUGUGUUAAAGAAAUACCAAGCUGUUGAAGUUGAUCAGCCAGAGGAAUUUGGAGACAUCUACAUUAGGAAAGGUCCUCAGUUUGGCAUCGCAUGUUGACAGGAUUGUUUUCUGUUACUCUGUUUUCAAAGUUUAUAUUCUGCAACAAUCUUCAAAUCCAUGAUGUUCGCAGACACUUGCAAUGGCAAAAUGAUAAUUUCACAAUGUUGCUGAAAUCUCGGAAUAUGUUCUGUGAACAAUUCCAUGUCCAGCAUUCGUUGAAUUAGGAUUGUUGAUUCUAAGGAUAUUUCUAGGUAUCCUUACUUUCAAUGUCCAUCAUUUAAAACAAAUGUGUUCAGUUCUUAUGUUAAUGGGUUAUUUGAUUUAAAUAUGCCAUAAAACUUAAAAUUUGGGAACAAUUUUUUUACGUCUCAAGAGAAAUCAGUGUUUUAUAUAAAUGCCCUGUUGGGUUUUUUUUUUUUUUUUUUUAAGUUUGCACGAUCAAUAUUUUAUUGCUAAUAUUGAAUCUUCAAAAGUUUGAUGUCAACAGUGGCAGAUUUCAUAUUAAUUGGAAAAAUAAUGGAUUUGAGGCAUUUAAUGUAAAUGUGAAAUAUUUGGUGAGACAAUAACACAAUUGUGCAAUGUCUGUGUUGUUUACUGUUUUAAUAUUAACCCAUAUGGUUUAGAGAGAGACACAUUUAGAUUUUCUUAUUGGCUUUUACCAAGUGCAUUGUAUUUGAGGGGUCAGAGGCAAUGUCAUUGAUGUUGUGAUUGAUAAAACUUGGUUUCAGUUUAAGCUGUUUUGCUCCUAAUAAACAAUCAUAUCGGUUCCCGGAUAUUCUUAAUAAAAAUAAGGAUCAGGAAUUUAAAAUAAGAAUAAUGACUGAAAAAAGAUAUCUGUGUUUCGAUAACUUGACUGGCUCUAUGUCUUUAAAGCUAUCCUUUUUUACAACACUUUUAAAGAGCUCAUCAAGGUUCAUGAUAUAGAUAUGAUCUUUAAAGACAAAAGCAACCAGCCUUAUUUCUUUUGGCAUUAUAGUGGAAACACAUGAUUAUCUUUUUUGGAGCCUAAUCAUAAAAUGUCAGAAACAAAUCAGUUUGAAAAGUUAAAGGAAAGUAUACAAUAAAGUUGGAGAUAUGGUAGUGAAUACAUAACAUUUAAUUUUGAGGUUAAAAAAUUGCAGCAAGAGAUGCUUCUCUUUUGUAGGAUUAGAACAUAAACCAUUAUAGAUAUCUCACUAAAAUACAUUUACUUUUGAAGAUUUGGAGAAAAAUUUGUUAUGGGCUUCAGUUGUCAAGUCAACUUUUAUGUGUAAUUGACAAGAAAAUUUAACUGUUUGUAUUCUGUGUUCAUCUCAGUGUUCCUUUGUAAUUCAUCGUCUGUAAACUGUACAUUGUAUAUAUAACGUCAGUCAUCCUUGGGAGUUUUGUGACAUUGGAGUAAAUACUAUUGUCAGUUGAAACUUCACUGAAAAGGCAGCUUUUCUUUUAAUGGACACUUCAGUACACAACUAUUAUUAUUUUAUUAUGAACAAACUUUGAAUGUGUCGUCUCGAAAGCAAUUUAAUUCAUGCAUUUCAUCCAUUAGAAAUUAGAAGUUUGUCAUACUGGCAUUCAACUUAAAAAAAACUGCCACAAGCUUGAGAUAGACAAUACUAAGUAAAUUUUAAUAAGAACAUUUUUCUUUCCUUCCCUCAUCUUUCUGACAUUGGUAACAUAAAUAUGCUACUAAUUGUUGUCAUUUUAAUGUUUUUAGAAAACAAUUAUUUUCUACCUUCACAGAUAUUUCCAGUUUCUGUUGAUUUUUUUUUUUUAUCUUUAUUUUACAUUUCCUCUUUUUUACUGGAAAGAAACAGUGCUAAGAAAAGUAAAUAACUUAAUUAACCUUUUGCAUGAUAUUGAAAAAAUGUCUUCAGCUUUAAUUCAGGGAAGAGCAGCUUGCAGAAUUGGCUUCAAUUGAACUUUAAAUAUUUAAAUUAUUCACAAGAUUGUAAAAUAUUCAUUUGAAAUAUACAUUUAAAUGCUAUAAGAUUCUGCUUUGAUUUCAAAUUUGUGGUAAGACUGAGAGUGUUGUUGUGAAUGAUCAAGUGAAGAGGCUGUAAGUUUGUGUACAAGUUGUAGAACUGUUGCAGUGAAAAUGAGUAUUAGAUUAUUUUUAUAUGGACUUCACGGAAAUAAGACAAUAGAUUUGUCUGUGCCGUUUUAGUUACAUGUGACGUUUUAUCAUGUAGAUUUGUUAUGUAUGUGAAACCGUUUAUGUACUUCUCACAUCUUCAUUCUUUCCUUUUAGAAUCAUUCUUCAUCCUUGUAGCGUAUGUUCAAUUUGUAUUAUAAAAAUAAAACUCAGUUGAAAUCUAAAAUAUAUAUAUAAA